GAGAGAGGAGAGUGGAUGAGUCAAGUACAGAAAGGAGAGAGGGGGGUUAUUUUGACCUUCGUGAGAAAAAUAAAUUACUUGAACAAAAGCAAAGCGAAGCAAAAUUUAAACCCUACUUCGGUUAUUUCUAUUAUUUAAGUUUCAGGAAAUUAGAGUAAUACCUUUUAUUUAAAUAAGACAAUGAUUUACUAGGUUUAUUCUGGAAUAAGCGAAUAGUUUGCUUAUGUAAGUUCCGGUUUAAAGGGAAAUAAUUUCUAUUGUAUUAUGAUGCGGUGUAAUUAAGUUCCGGAAUAAGCGAAUACAUUCCUAAGAGAAGCAGAAUAUAAUAAUUGCUCUCUGAACCUGGAAACUCUGCUUUAUGUUAAAUCAUGAUUCGUUACCGCAAGUUUUUCCGAUGGACUAAAGAAAUUGACGCCCUUCUACCAGAAUAUUAUAAACGUUGGUGUCAAGAAUUUAAUGCAAAAGAACCCACACCAGUCCACUGGAAGCCAGCAGAAGAAUACAUCAGUAACCCUAAAAUUAAUGGUAAAAAACUGAAGGUUGUUAAUAAUUUUCCUUUACCUGUGAUAUAUCCCGAGCAAAGUGAUGCUGGUUUGUGGGGCGGCGAAGGAUUGGUGUAUGGACUGAGGAAGAAGCGGCGGACUUCGACCAAAACCCCUUUUCUCUGGCGUCCACAUCUGGAGAAGAGGGCACUGUACAGCGAAAUCUUGGAGAAAUGGUUCGAAAUAACAGUCACCCAGAGAACUUUGAUGUUGAUAGAUGAAGUUUAUGGUUUCGAUAAUUACAUAUUGAAAACACACGCCGUUGACUUGAGUUCGAACCUGGGGCUGCGACUAAAGAGAAAGAUGUUACUCGCCCUUGCCAGGAGGUCGUUUGCGAAGGACAACUUGCAGAAACAAGGGGAGAUCUAUGAGAGGUAUAAAGAAUUUGUCAUCCCCGAAGAGGAAGCCGAAUGGGUCGGUCUUUCAGUGAAGGAAGCUUUGAAAAAAGCGAACUUUUUACGCAAAGCUGAAAACCCCAUCGUUCCCCUAAAGGAGUUAUACACAAAAGAACUUAUAGAGAAAUUAAAAACUACCACACUCGAAGAGCCUAGCAGUAAACCGCCGGAAUCAUCUCUCCUCUCUAAAUUGAACCCUUUUAAAACAGAUACUUGAGGAUUCUUUUACCAUAUUAAUUCGUUACAAACACACACAUAACAUAACAAAAAACACAAGGGUGUCCUCGCUUUAAUGUCCUAAAUUCAACCAAAAAAGCCGACAGUUGCAAUCUUGUAAAUGUCUUCGAAAUACAGAGAAUCAGUCAACUGGACGUUGGUCACUCGGAGCUUCUACACCUUUCAUAUUCUUCAUUCAACACCAUUAACAUCCUAAAUUGAGAGCCACCCGCUUAAUUAAAAACUAUCCAAACUUCUCGGCAUAUAACAGCAAAGCCCAGCUGGGCCCCAGCAUCUGUUUUGGUUAUUUCCACACGUGGAUGACCCACCACGAAACGAAUUGUAGUUUAGGACAGUCGAAGCUCAAUCAAUGGACCAAUUUGAAUUAAGGACAGUAAAAGCGAGAAAACCCAAAUCCAGUUUGUAAAGAAGAUAAAUCUGUUGUUUUUAUAAUAAUUUC